AUGGCGAGGGAUGCUGUAAACAACCAGCCUACUAGCUAGGCCAUCGGUGGCCCGGAACGCGCCACGAGACUGAAGUUACUCGGAGAGAUCCACCAGGGGGCGCAGCGAGGUCCGAGCGGCCGCGGGCGUUUCCCACACGGAGGGCAUUGUGUGGGACACCACGCGCGGCCCAGGGCGGGAGGCGGGGCUGCGGCCGGAACGCCGCGGCGGGGGCGGGGGCCGCGGUGCCGGCCGGAGCGGUUUGGGCGGCGCACCGGGGGCAAGAUGGCGGAGCGGCAGGAGGCGCUGAGGGAGUUCGUGGCAGUGACCGGGGCCGAGGAGGACCGGGCCCGCUUCUUCCUCGAGUCAGCCGGAUGGGACCUGCAGAUUGCCCUGGCCAGCUUUUAUGAGGAUGGAGGUGAUGAAGACCUUGUUUCACUUUCCCAGCCAACACCCAGUUCAGUGUCCAGAGGCACAGCCCCCAGUGACAACAGGGUGACAUCAUUCAGAGACCUGGUUCAUGCUCAAGAAGAUGAUGAUGAUGAUGAAGAGGGUCAACGGUUUUAUGCCGGAGGCUCAGAGAGAAGUGGACAGCAAAUUGUUGGCCCCCCAAGAAAGAAAAGCCCCAAUGAGUUGGUGGAAGAUCUCUUCAAAGGUGCCAAGGAACAUGGAGCAGUGGCUGUUGAUCGAAUGGCCAAGAGUCCUGGCGAGAGUAGCAAGCCAAAACCAUUUGCAGGGGGUGGAUACCGUCUUGGGGCAGCCCCAGAGGAAGAGUCUGCCUAUGUAGCAGGAGAAAGACGACAAUAUUCUGGCCAAGAUGUGCAUAUAGUAUUGAAGCUCUGGAAGAGUGGAUUCAGCCUGGACAGUGGUGAGCUGAGAAGCUACCAAGACCCAUCUAAUGCCCAGUUUCUGGAGUCUAUCCGCAGAGGGGAAGUACCUACAGAGCUGCGAAGGUUAUCACGUGGGGGACAGGUCAACUUGGACAUGGAGGACCAUCGUGAUGAAGACUUUGUAAAGCCCAAGGGAACCUUCAAAGCAUUUACUGGCGAGGGUCAGAAACUGGGCAGCACUACCCCCCAGGUAUUGAACACAAGCUCUCCAGCCCAGCAAGCUGAAAACGAAGCCAAAGCCAGUUCCUCCAUCGCAAUUGAUGAAUCAGAGCCCACAACCAACAUCCAAAUCCGGCUUGCUGAUGGCGGGAGACUGGUGCAGAAGUUUAACCAUCGUCACAGGAUCAGCGAUAUCCGGCUUUUCAUUGUCGACGCCCGGCCAGCGAUGGCAGCCAUGAGCUUUGUCCUUAUGACCACCUUUCCGAACAAAGAGCUGGCUGAUGAGAGCCAGACCUUGAAGGAGGCCAACCUGCUCAACGCUGUCAUUGUCCAGCGGUUAAUAUAACACCUGCCCUCUUCCCCCACCCCAUUCCCCUGCACACACACUCUCUUUUUCCUCUUGUUUCUGUCCACAGCUGUCUGCUGCACAUAUGCGUCACUUUGCCCUAUGUGCGCACCGUGCAGCACAGUGUCACGUCUCCCCUUAGCUCUGGAUUCUUAGAUCUUGGUUGGACAUUUUGUUUUAUCUUUAGUUGCAUUUACUGGGUUUUUGUGAUGAUCAGUGAACUUUAAAAAAAAUUUAAUAAAAACAAACAAAAAAAUUUGAAAGAA